UUCCUCCCCCAAGGCUCUCCAGCGACAGCCCGCCUGCGCGAGCGACGAUCCCCGUCCAUCCGACGCUGCUCUCGCCAACCACGACCUCCGCCUCCCAGGCCCUCGCGCACAUACCCUUCACCCAGACCACCCAAUCUCAGUAACGAACCCCACGAACUCACGACGCUUUACGACUGCUUACGACGACAAUGUAUUCUGACUAUCGCCUCGACACUCCUCCGCCUUCUUCUCGCUUCCGACGUCCCUGGUCUCCAGAUCCUCAGGACUCUCUUCCUCCUAUGCCACAGACGGUCGACAAUGACGCACUUGAUACCUUUCAACCAGGUCGAUACCUUAGCAGACAGCGCGAACCGUCCGACGUCUCCAUGGAAGCCCUCGAUCUAGCAGACUACGCAGCGCACUUGCGCCAGCAACCUAGCUCACAUCCGCAGCCGGACUUCAACGCAUACGACUCCUAUCCUCCAUCACCGCGCGCCGGUCGACCUCUGGCGAGUAGUCCAGACUCCAUGCAAGCACCCUCCCUCGUAUCGCCGUCAGCAUCGAGUGCACCCUCCAUGUCCGAGGUCGGCUCUCGCGUACCUCACCGCCGGCCAUUCUCCAUGCCCCCUCCCUCCUUCCCGCAACGGAGCCACCCUUCUCUGUCGGCCUCCGGCCGUGGACACUACGAUCCUUAUGUUCGCGUCGCAGGUACCGGCACAGACUCCGAGUUCGACAUCGCCGCCUUCCCCUCGUUCUCCCGAGCGUGGUACGAAGCCGACAAGGCUCGCGCACCGCCCUUGUCCCCUCCGUCUUUGCAAGGCCACGGCCCCGGCGCGACGAAACUGUCCCCCUUCGACCCCGCCUACCCCACGCCCGACUACUACGACUCCGACCCAUACACCCUCUCCCCGCCUCCGUCCUACAACAACCGCUCCUCGCGCGACCUCGUGCCGUGGGGCUCGGACCCGACCGAGGCGGACGCACCCGUCGACCCUGAGACGAAGGAGGAGCGCAUGCGUAUGCUGCAAGCGGAGUUCGGCGGGAAGCAGGUGGGGACGCCGGGCGAGGAGGACGAAGAGAAGGCGGGGAGCGUGGAUGGGAAGGGGAAGCUGAUUACGGAGGGGCCGAAGAAGAGGUUGGCCGUGAGGUGCAUUCAAGUGCUUCUGGUGAUCGCGGCCUGCAUCGCGUCGGUGUAUACUGGUUUGAUCAUAAAGACCACCUCAACGCCCCCGCCUAAGGGCAAGAUGCCCGCCUACGUGCUCUAUGUCUUCUCGUUCAUCACCCUGCUGGCCUGCAUCUACAUGUACAUGAUCCACCCGUGCUGCUGCGGCGCGCGCGACCGCAAGCUCGACUCGUCCUUUGGUCAGCAGGGUCCUGGCGGACUGAUGGUGCUCCCGGUGCAGGGCCUGCCCGGGGGCAAGAAGCCGAAGGGGAAGAAGAACAAGAAAGGCGCAGGUGGGCCAGGGGAGGGCGUGCAAGUGAACUUGAUUGUUGACCCGACGAUGUUUGGCGGAGGCGGUGGGAGGGACAGAGAUCGAGAGGAAUGGGGAGACGAGGAGGAGGGCGAGGAGGGCAGCGUGCCUGGGACUUUCGAGGGAAGUGGUGCGGGUAGGAAGAGGGCCCCGAGAAGGAGAGGCAUCUUUGCGGGACUGGCGAUGGAGGCGCAGUGGAAGCGUGCGCGGAAGCAGCUGAAGGUGCAGAUGGCGUUUGACUGUGUGAUGGCGUUGGUGUGGGGUGUCGUCUUCGUUGUGAUCCUGCUAGGGAAGAGGUGUCCGGUUGGUGGAUAUCUGGGCUGGUGCGAUGGAUACAACGUGGGGACGGCUACAGCAUUCCUACUAUGCUUCGCGUUUUGCUUUAGCAUAUUCUUCGACAUCAAGGAUCUGCAUGCUAGCAAGGCUUCCCCGAGGACACGAUCAUAGCACCUGCUUCCUGCGCUUGCUGUCACCUAUUGCUGCCUCCCUUGUCUGCCAUCAUCUCACAUCUCCGCAUGGACCCUGGACUCGACCAUCGCAGUGCUGACUUAUUGGUAUAUUGAAAACUAACGAUGUACUCUAAUGAUGAUUUUGGGCGAUACGCUCUCUGGUGAAAUGUCCCUUCCGUUCUUGA